UCAGUUCCGCCAAACAUGCCUGUUGCCCCCGACGGCUUCCUUUAUUAUGGACUUCUGCAAGGGUCUUACCGGUAAAAUCCUGACAUUAGACGAGCAGUGCCAACUUGUCUUUGGCGCCACUAGCUCGCGAUGUUCCCUGCUGAAUGUACAAGGUGCCGUUACAGAAGCCCAUCUUGCAAAUGGAUACGUUGUCGAUUGCAACAUAAACGAAAUCACAAACCAACAACCGUUCUACUGCAAAGUCCCGAAUAGUGACCAGUGUGAUCCCAUACCUGACGUUUUUAUGGGAACCAAAUGCGUCAGCGAUGGAGUUAGGGAUCCAAAAAACAUUUGCAACCAGGGUUUGUGCGAAAGAAAACCUCUCUGCGACGACUAAAGCAGCAGCAGCCAUGACUCAACUUAAUGCGACGACGACACAAUCGAUGAUCAUGAGCCCGAUACUUAUUAUUCCCACGACAUUAAUUAAAACUUGAAGAUCCUCUGAAACUUCUGAAAUUCAUAUUAAUAAUAGCAAAUGUAUUGUUAAAAAACAAAAUGUCUGUAUGCUCAUAUGGAUGAACUAUUUUCGUUUUUCGAAUAUUAUGUAUAUGGUGUACUUUUUUUAAACUACUAUUUGUCAAGAUUAAAUGUGCAAGGUAUAAUUGGAAGUAAAUAGUUAGUUAUACGACUUACAUAUAUAUUUAGAGAAAAACAUAAAUAUAUAUUACGCUUCAAUCACCAAUACACAUAAAUU